AUGUGGCGUAGAAACGCACCUAAUGCGCUUCAGAUUUCUGAGACCGAUGGUGGAGAGGAAUGGAAUCACCCAGACCAAACUUACAUGCCAACGACAAUAGUCGGAGCGUCCGGAAGCAGUCCACUCGUUCAUUAUCCUACAGUGAAUAUCCAAGAUGGACCCUUUCCUUCAUCUGCUUCAACUUCGUCGAACAGACACCAAUGGCCCGUUUUUAAUGCUGGAUCAUCACAUAACGGAAUACAGGCUCCCGGUCCAUCUCGUGACACUCUUCUUCAUAUUCAUAAACCUGCUGAUAGAAAUUCUCGUUUGGUCCCCAAUAAUAACCUUAUUCGCCAAAACGCCCCUCGAGCAGAUGGAGAAGGCCUUCACAAUCAGACUGUGGGCCGAGUGUCUCAGAAGCGGAAAAAUCACCCUUGCGGCCCUCAAAUAAGUGAGAUGAGCUCUGUGGCGGUGGGGCCCACUAGCAGCAGCAGAAGAUAUUAUGAUGUCGGUAGUUCGUCGAAUUUGCACUUGCCAGCUGGGCCGCCAUCUCAGCAAAAGCAAAACACAUCAUCAUCUUAUCCUACGGCUUGGAAGUAUCCGAAUAGUAGCCUUGCCAUAGGUAGUGAAAGUACAACGAGAAAUGUGAGAAGUAGAGGCAAUUUUCAGAAUUUUCCUUUUUCUAGUCAAUCUUCUGAUCAAACUAACUCAACGGGAUUUUCUAUACGGAGUUCCAACACCCCUACUAUGGAAUCGAACAGCCUCAUAUCACGAGCUAGCCAUGGUACGAGCUUAUUUGGUCAGAACACGUUGGGCCCAAAUAAUGGGACCUUGAAUAGGAAUACUGUUCCUCGAAUUUCCAGUUCUAAUGCGAACCAAUCUUUCGGAGGAGUUCAAAGCGGUUUUUCUCAAAGAGCCUUCCCAACUUCCGGGUCUUCGUCGAGCAGCAACCAAGCAAUGCAGCAGCUAAUGGCUCGAAGUGAAGGGACACCAAAUAAUGCAGAAACUAAUUCCGAGAGAUAUCAACAGUUUUUUUCUGCUAUAAGAUUGAUUACUGGUGACAGGGAGGUGAGAAUCGGGAUGCCGAGUCACAGAAUCCUUCAAUUAAACAUUUAUAAUAAAUAUUCACUAUUCUAUCUCCAAAUGUUUUCACUUGCAAAAUGCCGCAAUUAUUUUCAGGGCCGCUUGGUUUUGAACCGUUCUGCACUUUAUGGACCAAAUAAUCCGUUUGAUCAACAUAGGGACAUGAGACUCGAUGUCGAUAACAUGAGCUAUGAGGAGCUACUUCUACUUGGAGAGAGGAUUGGAAGUGUAAACACCGGUUUGUCUAAUGAUCUGAUUUCAAAAUGUUUGACCGAGUCAAUAUUAUGUUCGUCCGACCGAUAUGAAGACGAUGGAAGAUGUGUUAUUUGUCUGGAGGAAUACAAAGACAUGGAUGACUUGGGAAUUUUGAAAUGUGGCCAUGAUUUUCAUGUGGGCUGUGUUAAGAAAUGGCUGUCAAUGAAGAAUUUGUGUCCAAUCUGCAAGAAAACUGCAAACAAGGAGAAGUGA